AUGUCGACGCCAGGAGCAUUUGCAGACUCGCCAACGGCACAGUCCCAGCCUUCUCCUUAUACAUACUACCCGCCAGGAACAUUUCUUGAUGUAUCUCAGCCGCAGUCUUCCCAAACCGCUACUACUGCUGCAGGCUCAAGCUCCUCUACAACUGCAACAAGUCAACCACAAUCCCGUCAGGCAGCCGAGGAGGCUCGCAAGGAUCGCACUCUAGCUGAAUUCCUUGUUAUGCUUGACGAUUAUGAACCCUUGAUUCCCAAUGAAGUAACAGACUAUUAUCUCCAGAGGGUAGGGUUUGAAUGCGAAGACGUGCGGCUAAAACGCCUGCUUUCCUUGGCUGCACAGAAGUUCGUAUCAGAUAUUGCUGCCGAUGCCUACCAGCAUGCCCGUAUACGUACGAACGCCGUUGGUGGUCGUGCCCGAGGCCCCCUCACUGGGCCAGGGUCAAAGGAUAAGACAAGGACCGCGCUGACCAUGGAUGACUUGAGUGCCGCGUUGGCCGAGUACGGCAUUAAUGCUAAAAAACCAGAAUUUUAUCUGUGA